AUGUCAGAAAAUACUAUAGGAAAGGUUGGAAUGGUUGGAACAGGCAGCAUGGGCUCCAUGAUGUCUCUCCUAUUUGCAGAGAAAGGUUGCCAUGUUUACUAUUUUGAUAUUAGCGAGAAUAAUACGAGAGCCACGGAAAAGAUAAUGAAAGGCGUUGACGAAGAAAGUCGGAUUCAUCGUCAAGAAAGCUACGCCCAACUAUGCGAAGAGGUCAGGUCUGAUAAUCACCCAAGAGUCAUUGUCUUCAGUAUCCCACACGGUAGUCCUGGCGACCAGUGCGUCAAGGAGCUUCGGCCAUACAUGGACAGAGGGGAUAUCAUUCUGGACUGUUCCAAUGAACAUUAUAUCAAUACAGAGCGACGACAGAUAGAGCUUGCAGUGGAUAACAUCUACUAUGUUGGGUGCGGCGUCUCGGGCGGUUAUCAAAGUGCGCGGACUGGACCGUCCAUGUCACCAGGAGGAGAUCCGAAAGCAUUAGAAAUCAUCAUGCCAUUGCUGAGAUCUGUUGCAGCUAGUAAUGGCGACGGAAAACCACGUACCAGCCCUAUAGGUUUUGGAGGCUCCGGUCAUUAUGCGAAGAUGAUUCACAACGGCAUCGAACAAGGAAUGAUGUCAGUCAUCUCCGAGGUCUGGUACAUUCUCACGAAAGGUAUAAAACUCAGCUGUGAUGAAGCCACAGACAUCUUUACACAGUGGAACAAAUCCGAUGAGCUCUACAACACGUUUCUCAUCUACAUAGCCGUCGACAUCAACAGAACUCGAGACUCGCAAGGAGAACAUGUCGCGGGACACGUUCAAGACAAGGCUACUCAAGACGUCCACAACACGGAAGGGACGGGUGCAUGGUCGUGUGAGGAAGCAGUCAGACUACAUGUCCCUGCAUCGAACAUUGUUAGUGCACACCUCUUCAGAUGCACGUCAGCAGAACUGAGAAAGCGAGUUGCCGAAGCAGAAGCUUCGGGAUGUCCGAUACAGCCGACAACCAUCAAGGUCAACUCCAGGGAUGACUUUAUUGAAGAUCUUCGCAAAGCUACUUAUUUUUGUCUCUUGAUGUGUUUCGUACAAGGACUGCAAGUUAUCCGAGAGAUGGAUCAGCAAAGAGAAUGGCAUAUCGACUACCCGGAGCUACUACGCGUCUGGAGCUCCGGUACUGUCAUUCAAGCAGGUGGUAUCAUAAAUCUGUUGAGAAAGGUUUACGGUCAAUCCACGACGAAGGAGAACUUGCUUUCAAACCAUGAACUUUUAAAUCAGCUGGCGGGUCUUUUGCCUUCUGUCAAACGAUCUGUCAUUGCAACGUUGGAAGCAGACAUGGUUGUUGCGGCUAUAAGCCAAAGCUUGGAAUACUACAAGUACUCAACAUCAGUCCAGCUACCAACACAAUUAACAGAGUCGGAGCUAGACCAUUUUGGCAAGCACAAGUUUGAUCUCAAGAAGGAAGACAAGGGCGAGGUGGUCAAGUGA